GAGGUCAUUUGGAACGCGGAUGGUGGAGAAACACGCACAGCGCACGCUUGUUGGAACCCGCACCCAUAGCCUAUAUUCGCUCUUUCCUAUCCGUGACAGAGGCUGCAAAAAUGUCGAUCAAGAAAAGUAAAACCGUCGUUUUUGAAAGACGUGCAGGGGAUUUAACUGCGUUGUAUUGUAUGAAUGAUUGGGUGAUUGCAGUGGUGUUGGCUAUUAUUGCCAUGAUGUCUGUAUGGGCUGCACUCAUCAUAUACAGAUAUAUACAGACAGAGAGAGGUAAAAGAAGAAAGGUUGAUGACGACACUAUUUUGGAAACUGAAAAGGAUGAAAAUGAGACGACAAACGAAGAAAAAAUACUGUCCUGUGUCGAGUCAACAGAGGAGGGUGAAGAAGAGACACUGGAGAGCUGGGAUGGAGAGGAAUGGAGGAGAGAGCCAAUGGAAUGGAUUCCAACAACCAGUGAGAAUGUAGAACCCUUUGAGGAGACCCCAACAAUACCCAAUGAGGAUGUAGAACCCUUUGAGGGGAUCCCAGCCACCAAUGAGGAUGUAGAACCCAUUGAGGGGAUCUCAGCAACAACCAAUGAGGAUAUAGAACCCAUUGAGGGGAUACCAACAACCAAUGAAGGUGUAGAACCCAUUGAGGGGAUCCCAACAACCAAUGAGGGUGUAGAAUCCAUUGGGGGGAUCCCAACAACCAAUGAGGGUGUAGAACCCAUUGAGGGGAUCCCAACAACCAAUGAGGGUGUAGAACACAUUGAGGGGAUCCCAACAACCAAUGAGGGUGUAGAACACAUUGAGGGGAUCCCAACAACCAAUGAAGGUGUAGAACACAUUGAGGGGAUCCCGACAAUAACCAUUGAUGAGAUAGAACCCAUUACAAGGAUUCGAACAACAACCAAUGAAGAUUUGGAACCCAUUAAACAGAUCCGAGUACGGACCAAUGAGGAUCUACAACCCAUUAGACGCAUCCGAUCACUAACCAAUGAGGAUCUACAACCCAUUAGACGCAUCCGAACACUAACCAAUGAGGAUCUAGAACCCAUUAGACGCAUCCGAACACUAACCAAUGAGGAUCUAGAACCAAUUAGACGGAACCGAACAGCAACCAAUGAGGAUCUACAACCCAUUAGACGCAUCCGAACAACAACCAAUGAGAGCGAUGGUCCUUACACGUGGGAGUCGUAUGCUGAGUGGCAGAUCGUUGAGGAGUUUCACCUCGGCUCUCAACCUCAAGAGCACUGUGAAGGCACAUGUCAGCACUAUGACGGUUUAUGUCAGGUCUGUGGAGGCUUGUGUCAUUGCAGUGAAUGCUUAUGUCAGUUCUACGAAGGCUUGUGUCAGGACGACGCCGAGUCCCAGACUGACCCUACCGUGGGUCAAGAGGAGCAGGCUUCUACCAGUCACUAUUCCCUCAGUGACAUCAACUAUCAAUCUGGACAUGAGAAGGAUACAGAUGUGUAUAACCAGGACGAGGAGGAUUUGAAGGAAGUUGAACUGAGUGAUGAUUGUCAAUGUGAGAGCACAGAGGAGGAGUCCGAGGUAAACCAUCCACGUGCCUUUGCCAUCAAGCCUCAGAGAGAUCUGGAAGAGCUCAAUGAAAAUCUCCCUGACAUGAUAUUGACUGCCUCUGACCUUCAAGAACCUGACCGUGCGUGUUAUACAGAGAUACAGGAAGUACAAUACACAGAUGAUGACAUGACCAGCCAUGUUGUCUUUUCCAACGAAGAGAGGCCGGAGAUGACAUUGACUGACACUGAACAUGUGUCGGAUAAAGAAAGAGAGGAAGUAGAAUAUCCGGAUGAUGAUAGACACAGCCAUGUUGCUUUUGCCAAAGUCCAGGAAAGUGAAAAUCUACCUGAGAUGAAAUUGACUGAAACUGACCGGAUAGAACCGGAACAUGUGUAUGAGGUGGAGAGAGAGGAAGUAGAAUAUCCAGAUGAGGUAAUCACUGAAGGUCCAGAACAUCCCAGUGAAAACAUCCCAGAGAUAUUGAGUGACACUGACCUCCAAGAACCUGGCAAUUUAUGUGAAGAAGAAAGACAGGAAGUAGAAUGUACAAGUGAUUAUAUGGACAGCCAGGUUGCCUUUGUCAGCGACACUCAGGAACCAGAACAUCCCAAUGAAUAUCUACCUGACAUGAUAUUGACUGACACUAAGACUAAAGAACUUGACCAUGAGUGUGAUUCAGAGAUACAGGAAGUGGAAUACCCAGGUGCUGACAUGACCAGCCAUGUGCCGUCAGUCUCUGACAGGACAGUAGAAGACGAUAUGAAAGAAGCUAUGGUAGAGGAUCUUGACAUGGAAGCUAUGGUAGAGGAUCUUUGGAGGAAGGACUGUCUACUUCAUGACUAUGUCAUUGACGAGUUGAGCCAGCCAACCGAUGUUAGAGACACACAUGUGGCUGAGAGGAAAGGAGACCUCGUUGAUGAUAACAGCAAGGACACGCGUGUAGAGGAGGAGGAGAAGAAGAAAAGACAGAGUGAUGAUACACGGAUAGAGGAGAGUUAUGAGAAAGUAGAAAUUAACAUAAUGGAAGCCACGAUGGACUAUAAUGAAUGGAUGACAGUCAGCGGCACAGAGGACAACAGUGACUCCCCAUGGGUGAGGAUAAGCCACUCGUCCAUCGAAUGCUCUUCUGCUGAGGCGGAGCAUCAUCCCACAGAAACACAUCACAAUUCAGAUGAUCCAACGGUGGCUGACGCGACCGCAUUCAAGGAGGUCAAAGAAACAGGAACCAAACCUGUAUCACCAGAUGGAGACCUGCGUAGGAAUAAGAAGAUGGCGCCUGUGCUUCCUAUCAAACCCAAGACUGUACGGGUGAGGUUCCGUGUCCACUACCGUACCCAGUCUCCCUGGCAGGAGCUGGCUGUGACAGGGAACCAGCAGGAGCUGGGGAGCUGGACGGGCUUCGUUCCACUGGAGAGAGCCCAGGACGGGUUCUGGGCCAGCUGGGUCGUCCUCCCCGCGGAGAAGCAGGUGGAAUGGAAGUUGGUGCUGGUGGAAGAUGGAGAGAUCCUACGCUGGGAGGAGGGUGGUAAUAGACAGCUGGAGACAGGUUGGGGUGGUGGAGAGGUGUAUCUCAACAAGUGGUGGGGCCGCCUCUGAGUGACAGGUUCCUACUGGGCGGAACAACACAGUUCUUCACAAAAAAUAUAUAUCAAUGUGAUGACGUUGAAUCGAUGUGGAAAAAUAAUUUGAUUUGCAAAAAAACAUAAAGUAAUUUUGACAUUUUUAAUAUUUUCUUACCCAAUUGUUAACCGAAAUCCGAGGAACAAACACAGUUUGCAUGUUUGGGGAUUUGAAAACUAGACGUUGAAAUGACACCUGUGCCCAGUGGGGCAGCCUCUCUGUGCCCCAGUGAUAGGGAGGGAAUGGCACUACAAUUCCCAUUUCGAUACUAGCAUACUAAUUAGAAUGCAUAGCCAUUUUACAUUUUAACAUUUUACUGGCGCUAGGGGUCAUAUAUGUAUGUGUAUAUGUGUGUGUGUGUGUGUGUGUGUGUGUGUGUGUGUGUGUGUGUGUGUGUGUGUGUGUGUGUGUGUGUGUGUGUGUGUGUGUGUGUGUGUGUGUGUGUGUGUAUAUAUUUAUAUAUAC